AUGAUUGGUAGUAUCGAUUGUAUGCAUUGGGAGUGGGAGAAGUGCCCUACAAGUUGGCAUGGUCAAUAUAGGGGCCAUUACAAGAAACCUACAAUUAUCCUUGAGGCUGUAGCAAGUUAUGAUCUUAGGAUUUGGCAUGCCUUCUUUGGCAUGCCAGGAUCUUGCAAUGAUAUUAAUGUCUUACAUCGAUCUCCGGUGUUUGACAACCUUGCUAGAGGCAUUGGACCUGCAGUGAAUUUCAAUGUCAAUGGGAGGGAUUACAAUAUGGGAUAUUAUCUUGCUGAUGGUAUCUACCCUCCUUGGGCUACUUUGAUCAAUGGCAUCUCUAGUCCUCAAAGCAAUAAGCACAAGUACUUUACACUUAAACAAGCGGAGUACCGGAAGGAUGUGGAGCGUGCAUUUGGUGUGCUGCAAGCAAAGUAUGCAAUCAUGAAGGGACCAGCUAGGAGGUUCAGUCUAGUGGCACUCAAGUAUAUAGUUGAUUGUGUAAUCAUCCUACACAAUAUGGGUAUUGAAUAUGAGAAAGGAAUGGAGGAAUUGAGAAUUGAAGAUUAUGACGACGCGACAAGGCCAACGUUAGCUCCUAAUCGAAACAUUCCUGAAAUUCUUCGAUUGAUUGAACGAAACAAGGCCAUGGUUAUUCUACACUAA